CGCUGACAGAGUGUCGCGUGUGAACAUUGACAUCCAUCCAGCAUCUACUGGGGCAGAUAUCUCUGAACACGAUGUUGCAAAUCCGUCUGUGGCAAUAUUUCACGCUUGCAGCGCUCCUCGCAUAUGUUGCCUCGGUGUACGUCAGAAGAUAUAGAAAAUGGAAGAAGGUCGAGGCCCUUGGUGGUGAAUCGCCACGGGUCACGACACGCUUCAUAUUUGGUCUCGACUUUCCUGUUCACUCGACCCUGGCGAUCCUGAGAAAUGAGGCGCUGGAAUUCUGGGACUGGAUCUACGAGCAUACUGGUACCGACAGCAAAGGCACGGGUUCCUAUACAGCCGAGCUCCAUAUACUCGUGGAUAUUCGCGUUCUUUUCACCGCAGACCCAGAAAACACCAAAGCGAUCUUAACGACGCAAUUCCAGGACUUUGGCAAAGGUGAAGAAUUUCAUAAUGAAUGGCAGGACUUCCUAGGUGACAGCAUUUUCACCACCGACGGGCAGCAAUGGCAUAACUCGCGACAGCUCAUUCGCCCCAUGUUUGUCCGCGAGAAGGUCGCCGACCUGCCCUUGAUCGAGACUCAUGUCCGCAAAUUGAUAUCGUUGAUGGGCACAGGUGAUGGGAGCCCGGUCAUGUUAAACAAGCUGCUCUUCAGAUUCAGCCUUGAUGCUUCCACCCACUUCCUAUUCGGCCACAGCGUUGGCAGCUUGGACAAAGAACAGUCAGAGUUCGCUGCUGCCUUUGACGAAGUCCAACGCGUCCAAUCCCUGGAAGGUCGCUUGGGGCCCUUGAAGCAAUUCCGCAGUAAGAGAUCUUUCUACGAAGGCUUGAAGACAAUGGAUCGUUUCAUUGAGCCGUUCAUUGACGAGGCACUGUCUAUGAGCCCGGAAGAGUUGGAGACCAAGUUGUCUCGCUCCGACACCUUUAUCCAUGCACUGGCCCGAUAUACAAGAGACCGAAAGGUGAUGCGCGACCAGCUCGCAGCUUUACUGUUGGCCGGUCGUGACACUACCGCCGGGACAUUGUCCUGGGUCUUCCUCGAGCUGGCCAAGAAUCCCAGAGCAGUGGAGAAACUGCGUGCCGAAAUAAAGGAAUUCUUGGGCGACGAUGGCCGGCCACCGACCUAUCAGGAGAUCAAGGACAUGAAGUACUUGACAUACACCAUCAAUGAAACCUUGCGCCUCUAUCCGGUGGUACCAUUCAACGUCCGAUCAGCACUCACCGACACCACAUUGCCUCGAGGUGGGGGCAAAGACGGCAAUGCGCCAGUGGGCUGUCCAAAGGGCACGGUGAUAGGAUAUAGCACUUUGCUGAUGCAGCGAAGAAGAGAUCUAUAUCCGCCAAUCUCGCCAUCCUUCCCCUAUGACCCACUGGAAUGGUGGCCGGAACGUUGGGCGACAUGGACUCCUAAGGCGUGGAAUUUCAUUCCAUUCAACGGCGGGCCCAGAAUAUGCAUUGGCCAGCAAUUUGCGAUGGUGGAAAUGGGAUACACAAUAGUCAGGAUCCUGCAGGAAUUCGACCAGAUCAUUGACUAUGGGAGCAAACGCGUCAUGCACGUAGAAAUUAUCCUGACUCCAGCAGAGGGCGUGAAAGUGGGAUUUCGCAAGAGCGAGAAGAGAAGAGCGAAGGCUUGAAUCAUUGGGGGAUGAAAGGAUGACAUCGAAGGAUGGCAGAUCGAUCUCGUGCUGAAGUCGGCACGAUAAGAUGAUAUAAUGACUGGAUGAUUUGGGUGAUGGAUUGGAACAAACGGCCUCAAACGCGUGUCGAAAAGCAGCGGGCAAGAUGAGAAAUCUUCGCUCACUAAUAAAUC